CGAGCUUUACUUUAACCACGUGCAUUGGAUCUGUUAGAAGAUGUAUUUUUGUUAAGAUGACUAUCUUUUAUAAAGAAAUUCCUAAAGAAAUGGAAUAUGAAUCAGUGGAUGAAAUUAAUGAGGAUAUGCAAGAAAGUAACAGUGAAAGUGAUGAGGAAGAUUCAAUGGAAAGUAAUGAAGCAGAAGAAGAAAACGAGGAUCAAAAUAAUGAAUCCAGAAUAUAUCUGCCUGGGAAACCUUUAAAAACUGGAGAAGAACUUAUUGUGGACAAGACAGCAUAUCGAAUGUUACAUCAUGCGCAAUCUGGAGCUCCUUGUCUUAGUUUUGAUAUAAUUUUAGAUGAAUUGGGUAAUAACAGAGAAGAUUACCCACUGAGUAUGUACCUUGUUGCUGGAACACAAGCUGCUAAAACUCAUGUUAAUAAUCUCCUUGUUAUGAAAAUGAAAAAUCUUUAUGGUAUAAAAAAUGAUUCAGAUGAUGAAUCUGAUGAUGAAUUGGAUGACAAAAAUGAUACAAAUACACCAGUAAUGACUGUUGCACCAAUAAAACAUCAGGGUUGUGUUAAUAGAAUUAGGCAUACAAAAAUUGGUGAAACAACUUUAGCAGCAACUUGGAGUGAAUUAGGUCGUGUACAUAUUUGGAAUUUGGAUAAACAAUUAAAUGCACUUGAUAAUGAUGAAUUACUUCGUGCAUAUCGUAAAAAAUCUGAAAAAGGUGAUGGAGGCAUUAAACCAAUGUUUAGUUUUAAAGGUCACCUAUCAGAAGGAUAUGGACUUGAUUGGUGUUCAACAGAAAUAGGCAUGUUAGCUUCUGGGGAUUGUAAGGGUAAUAUCCAUAUAUGGCAUCUUAAUAAUGUCAAUAAUUCUGCAACAUGGCAUGUGGAUCAAAGACCUUACAAUUCACAUGCACCACACAGUGUUGAAGAUAUUCAGUGGUCACCUAAUGAAAAAUAUGUACUUGCUUCAUGCUCUGUUGAUAAAAGUAUCAAAAUUUGGGAUACAAGAGCAAGUCCGCAAUCUGCUUGCAUGUUAACAGCACUUGGUACACAUACUGCUGAUGUUAAUGUUAUUUCGUGGAAUCGUAAGGAAAGUCAGUUUCUUUUAUCUGGUGGUGAUGAUGGUUUAGUCUGUGUAUGGGAUUUACGUCAAUUUGGCCCUAAUGGUUCAAGUCCAUUAGCCGUGUUUAAACAACAUACUGCACCUGUUACAACCGUAGAGUGGCAUCCCCUAGAGGCCACUGUAUUUGCUUCUGGUGGAGCUGAUGAUCAAAUUGCACAAUGGGAUUUAUCAGUAGAAACUGAUGAAUCAGAAGAGACAGAACUUGGUGAAUUAAAGGAACUGCCACCACAAUUGUUAUUUAUACAUCAAGGUCAAAGUGAUAUAAAAGAAUUGCAUUGGCAUCCUCAAUGUCCUGGUACUGUAAUAUCAACAGCACAUUCAGGAUUUAAUGUAUUCCGUACAAUUAGUAUAUAA